AUGGGAUCAUCCUCAGUGAUGGAAGUGGAAAUAUCCAAUGACAGUGCUGGUGGAGAUUUCAUCUUGGUGGGCUUCUCUGACCGGCCUGAGUUGGAGCUGGUCCUCUCCCUCUUCGUCCUGACAUUCUACAGCAUAACCCUUGUGGGUAACAUUGCCAUCAUCUUACUUUCUAUCCUGGAUGUUCGACUGCAUACACCCAUGUACUUCUUCCUCAGAAACCUCUCUGUGCUCGACCUCUGCUUUACAACCAGCAUUGUCCCCCAGAUGCUGGUGAACAUGUGGGGAGGCAGCAAGAAGAUCAGCUAUGCUGGCUGUAUGGUCCAGUACUGGGUGGCCUUGGCACUUGGAUCCACUGAAUGUGUGCUGCUUGCGGUGAUGGCAGUUGACCGCUACGUUGCAGUUUGCUGGCCUCUGCGUUAUGCCUGCAUCAUGCACCCGAGGCUAUGCUACUUCUUGGCAGCAGCUUCAUGGUCCUCUGGCUUUGCCAACUCUUUUCUGCAGUCCUCAAUGGCUAUCGUACUGCCUCGAUGUGGAAAUCGGCGUGUGGACCAUUUCUUUUGUGAGCUGCUGGUCAUUGUUAAACUGUCCUGUGUGGAUACUGGCCCAACAGAGUCUAAAAUGUUUAUUGCUCGGCUUAUCAUCCUGGCCAUGCCCGUCUCCAUCAUCCUGACGUCUUAUGUGUGCAUUGGCAGGGCAGUAGUGAAGAUGCGUUCAGCAGAGGGCAGGAAAAAAGCAUUUGGAACCUGUGCUUCCCAUCUGAUGGUGGUUUCACUUUUUUAUGGUACCAUUAUGUUUUUGUACUUACAACCAAAAGACAACUACUCGCAAGACCAAAGCAAAGCACUGGCGGUACUAUACAUGAUUCUGGCCCCUACUCUCAACCCCUUGAUCUACACAUUGAGAAACAAAGAUGUGAAGAAAGCAAUUAGGAAAGUUAUGGGGAAGGAGCAAGUUUAG